AUGCACCCAUCCUCUCGUAUGGAGACCUCACUGCCUUUUCCAAACGACAAUGAUUCCUCUGCUGUUGGGAAGCCUCUCAGUAACGGGGUCUCAUUCUCCGACAGUGAAAGUGAGCUUUCUGAACCCUCAGACCUGCCGGUGCCCCCAGCCUCAUCGUCAUCUGAAGAAAGAUUCAAUAAUGUCGCAAACCACUUGAACCAUUCAGAAGACGAGAUGGAAGAUGCUGUGGGAUCAGAAGAUGAUGGGGACUACAACAUGGACAUGUCCAUGCAUCAGCAAGACGAAGCAAGCUCGCAGCGCUCAAGCUCAGACGAAUCCUCGAGACCGCCUAAACGAAAAGCUUCAAACACUGCCAUUGAUGACGAAGACUACAUUAGAAACAAUCCAGAUCUCUAUGGUCUUAGGCGCAGUCACCGUGCCCGCCCCUCCAGACCUAUUCAUGACGACUCUACCGACCAGAAUGACUCCGAUUCCGACAUCGCAGUCCGACCUCGUAAGCGCCUCAGACAGAGCUCGCGCCAAUCUUCCAAGCAAGCCACACCAAUGAAUGGCUCCGCAGGAGACUCGGACAAUGAUUCAGACAACUACGGUGGUGCUCGCGCCAGGCUCACUAAGAAGCAAAGACGUCGUUUCCUGGAGUCAGGUGGCAAUCUUGCACCAACACAUGCAGAAGUCCGCUUUUCUACACGUAGAGCUGCGAAGGUCUCCAAUUACAACGAAGACGAUGACGAUGAUAUCUUCGAGCAGGACGAUUCAGAGAUGAUGACGCCAAAUUAUUGGCCAGCUGGUCAAGAGGACAGUCGACCUGCCAUAGAUAUUGUGCUAAAUCACCGAUUGAAAGAAACCACCACUACGCUGUCGCCUUCAAAGGAUGAUUUCGAAUACAUGAUUAAGUGGCAGCAAAAGGCUUACUACCAUGCCACGUGGGAGACCACUGAGACUCUUGCCAACUGCCGAAGUGUCCGCCGUCUUGAAAAUUACAUAAAAAAAACCCUCAGCGAGGAUCUGCGCAUCAUGCACGAUCCUGACAUAUCUCCUGAGGAGAAAGAGAAGUGGAUCUUAGACCGUGAACAGUAUGUCGAUGCCCUUGUUGAUUAUUCUAAAGUCGAACGAGUCAUUGGUAAACGAGAUGGCGAAGAAGGCACCGAAUAUCUCGUCAAAUGGAAGGGAUUGUCUUAUGACCUAUCCACUUGGGAGCCAGCCUCACUCGUCAGUGACAUCGCGCAGACCGAGGUAGACCGGUAUAUCGAUCGUACAUCUCAGCUGCCAGUCUCUGACAAGACCGAGUCCAAUCCUGCUACCCGAUCCGGACCUCAGCGGAUUUCGGAACAACCCAGCUACAUUCAGAAUGGGGUACUCAGAGACUUUCAAAUGACUGGUUUGAACUUUCUUGCAUACAACUGGGCCAAAGGCAAAAAUGUCGUCCUGGCGGAUGAGAUGGGACUCGGCAAGACAGUUCAGACGGUGGCAUUCAUCAACUGGCUUCGACAUGCCAGAGGUCAACAAGGCCCUUUUAUAGUGGUUGUUCCAUUAUCGACGAUGCCUGCUUGGGCAGACACGUUCGACCUGUGGACCCCAGAUAUCAACUAUGUCGUCUACAGUGGCAAACAGGAAGCUCGAAAUGUCAUCAAGGAAUUUGAGUUACUGGUUAACGGGAACAUUCGACAACCCAAGUUUCACGUCCUAUUGACGACUUAUGAGUACGUUCUGCACGAUGCCGCUUUUCUGAGUCAGAUGAAGUGGCAAUUCUUAGCUGUCGACGAGGCACAUCGGCUGAAGAACCGGGAAUCCCAGCUCUACGACAGAUUGAAAGAGUUCAAAGCACCAUCUCGCUUGUUGAUCACCGGAACACCAGUACAAAAUAAUUUAGGCGAACUGUCCGCUCUCUUCGACUUCCUGAUGCCUGGCAUUGUGAACAUUGACGAGACCAUGGAUUUGAGCUCUGAGGCUGCAAGUGCAAAGAUUGCGGAGUUGACCGAGGCUAUCAAGCCAUACAUGCUGCGUCGAACCAAACAAAAGGUGGAAAAGGAUCUACCACCGAAGAGCGAAAAGAUUAUUCGCGUGGAGUUGUCGGACAUACAACUUGAAUACUACCGAAAUAUCCUCACGAAGAACUAUGCCGCUUUAAACCAAGGUUCCAAAGGCCAAAAGCAAUCACUGCUCAAUAUCAUGAUGGAACUAAAGAAAGCCAGCAAUCAUCCUUUCAUGUUCCCAAGCGCUGAGGACCGCUUACUUCCGCAGGAUGCUCGCCGCGAAGAAAUGCUAAGGACGCUCAUCACCAGUAGUGGAAAGAUGAUGUUGUUGGACCAGCUACUUGCAAAGCUAAAGCGUGACAAUCAUCGCGUGUUGAUUUUCAGCCAGAUGGUGAAGAUGCUUGACAUCCUAGGUGAUUACAUGGAUGCUCGAGGCCACGCGUACCAGAGACUCGAUGGUACUAUUGCCGCUGGUGCUCGGCGUAUUGCAAUCGACCACUUUAACGCUCCUGGUAGCAAUGACUUUUGUUUCCUGCUUUCAACACGGGCAGGUGGUUUGGGAAUCAACUUGAUGACUGCCGACACUGUUAUCAUUUUUGACUCGGACUGGAAUCCGCAAGCUGACUUGCAGGCAAUGGCUAGGGCUCAUCGGAUUGGCCAGAUGAAGCCGGUCAGUGUGUAUCGCUUGGUAUCAAAGGACACUGUCGAGGAAGAGAUACUAGAGAGAGCUCGAAAUAAGCUCAUGCUUGAAUAUCUCACUAUACAGCAAGGUGUUACCGACAAGGAAACGCAAGCAAGAAGAAAUGCUUUGGUCGGAGAACCUGGUAACUCUUCUGAGAUCUCAAGAAUCUUGAAGAAGAGAGGUCAAAAGAUGUUUGACCAGACAGAUAACCAGAAGAAACUUGAAGAGCUUGAUCUUGAUUCUGUUUUGGAAAAGGCAGAAGAUUAUAAAGUAGAGCAGCCAGAAGGCACAGAAGCGGAUGGUGGUGAAGAGUUUCUGCGAAGCUUUGAUUUUGUUGACGUAAAGGUAGACGAAUUAUCGUGGGACGACAUCAUCCCAAAGGAACAGCUCGAAGCGGUCAAGGCAGAAGAGAAGAAAAAAGUCGACGACCAGUAUCUGGCCGAGGUCAUUGCACAGAAUUUGCCACGAGUACGCAAUACAGUUGCUGAAGAGCGAGAAGAGCGGCAGGCCAAACGUCAACAGCGAACACAGGCGAUGGAAUCAGGCAGUGAUUCAGAAGAGGGAGUAAGAGCUGAUCCUACCAGACCUCUGAGUGAACGUGAAUACCGAUACCUGAUCAAAGGCCAUCUACGAUACGGAUCAAUCGAUGAUCGUACAGAAGAAUUCCUUGCUGAAGCUCGUCUACGUGGACGCGAUAUGGACGUAGUGAGGGCAGCAAUGCAGGAAAUCAUUGAUCGAGCAGCGCGUCUUGUUAAAGAGGAGCAGGAGAGAAUGGAAGCCCUUGGCCGUACAUCUUCCAGGACCCUGACGAAGAAAGACAAGAAGGCAGUUCUGUUCGAGCAUCAUGGCGUCAAACGCAUUAACGCCGAAACAAUUCUUGACCGGCCUGAUGAGAUGCGCCUUUUACAAGAGGUCACCUCUGCUGUCGCAGAUCCUAAGAGCUUCCGCAUCCCCGAUGCUACAAAGGGUGCUGGAUAUAGCUGCAAUUGGGGUGCUCGAGAAGACGGUAUGCUCUGUGUUGGCAUCGCCCGCCACGGGUACGGAGCCUGGGAAAAGAUCAGGGACGAUCCCGAUCUAGGACUAUCUGACAAGCUUUUCCUUGAGGAGCAUCGUGUUGACAAGAAGGCCGAACGAGAGCGGCAGGAGGGCAAGAAUGCGAAAUCCCCAGGAGCUGUCCACCUUGUGCGACGAGCCGAUUACCUGAUCUCAGUACUCAAGGGAAAAGUUAUUGGUGACCCAGCGGCCAAAAAGGCUGUGGAGAAUCAUCAUCGGAACAACAAAAAGAACAGCUUGCUUGCCAACUCCAACUUGAAUGGCACUACGAGCUUCUCCGCAUCACCUGCGCCGUCCACGCACCGAAAAGCCCCUCGUGAUCCGGACAAGCACCGCCAACGGGCUUUGAGCCAGGGUCAUCGAGAAAGCAUGGAGCGUCACUCGACUCCUAGGUUGGAGCAUCGGCACUCGCACAGCGUCCGUGAAGACGCACCCAAGGAUAAGAAACAUCGUCACUCCGAGCCACACCAUCAUCAUCGCCACAAGAGUAGUGACCACCAAACGAACGGUGGCGUUAGCAGUGAUGGCGGGGAUGAAAUGCUGAAGUUGAUAUUCAAGCCUGUACGCGAGAGUCUCAAAGUUAUUCAAUCGGCAACAAAAUCGAACUUGCCAGACGCACCGGCCCGUGCCAAUAUUCUUCGCGAACAUCUGAGGAUUAUAGGCAAUUUCAUCAGAAGUACGCUGGAAGACGACGGGGCUGCCUUGGAGGGACGUUUAUGGGAUUACACUGCUACCUAUUGGCCGAAUAAAGGCAUCAAAGGUCAUGAGUUGCAGACAAUCUACGGCAAAAUUAUAGCUUCCGACAAGUCAAUUGCCGACGCUGCUUCUCCAAGUGGAGGAUAG